GAUGAAGCUUAUCAUCCUGGAUGACUAUUCGCAGGCCAGCGAGUGGGCCGCCAAGUACAUCAGGAACCGCAUUAUCCAGUUUAAUCCAGGGCCUGACAAGUACUUCACCCUGGGGCUUCCGACUGGGAGCACCCCACUUGGCUGCUAUGAGAAACUCAUUGAGUACUACCAGAACGGAGACCUGUCCUUCAAAUAUGUGAAGACCUUCAACAUGGACGAGUAUGUGGGUCUACCCCGAAACCAUGAGCAGAGUUACCACACCUUCAUGUGGGAGAAAUUCUUCAAGCACAUUGACAUCCACCCAGAAAACACCCACAUCUUGGAUGGGAACGCGGCCGACCUGCAGGCCGAGUGUGACGCUUUCGAAGAGAAGAUCCAGGCUGCUGGAGGGAUUGAGCUGUUUGUUGGAGGGAUUGGCCCCGAUGGCCAUGUCGCCUUUAAUGAGCCGGGCUCCAGCCUCGUGUCCCGGACCCGUGUGAAGACACUCGCCAUGGACACCAUCUUGGCCAAUGCCAAAUUCUUCAAUGGAGACCUCGCUCAGAUGCCCACAAUGGCCCUGACAGUUGGCGUGGGCACCGUCAUGGAUGCCAGGGAGGUGAUGAUUCUCAUCACCGGUGCCCACAAGGCGUUUGCGCUGUACAAGGCCAUCGAAGAGGGGGUGAGCCACAUGUGGACUGUGUCGGCCUUCCAGCAGCACCCUCGCACGGUGUUUGUGUGUGACGAGGAAGCCACACUGGAACUGAAAGUGAAGACGGUCAAGUAUUUCAAAGGUUUAAUGCUUGUUCAUAACAAGUUGGUGGACCCCCUGUACAGUAUCAAAGAGAAAGAAAUGGAGAAAAGCCAGUCUUCUAAGAAACCCUACAGUGAUUAGCCUGUGCUUAAGCCAGUGUUGAGUACCUCACUGGGAAGAACUUUUCCCCAGAAGAAAUUUUCCCUGGGAAUCAUCUUUAGGAGAUUAUUUCUUUAACCCAUUGUGCUCCUUCCAAAUGAAGGGGGUCAAUUUGUGUGGGGCUCUGUGGCCCAGAGCUUAGCCAGAACUUAGAACUGAAUCAGGGCGGGAGGGGGGAGAAAUCUCUGGAGAAAUGUGCUGAUUUUGAUGGCUUUCCCUCAUAAGAGGCUUCAGAGUCUAAGGCUGUCCUCAUGGACACUAACUCAGUCAGGAAAUCCUAUCUGUCCUCCAGGAUCUCUCAGUUGAGAGAUUAGGGGCUCAGGAUUGGGGGGUAACAAAGCUGCUUUGUAGAGUCUUGAUGGCUCUCCAGCUUAAGGCUCAGGCUUAGGCAGUAGCUGACUUUAAGCAGGAAGCCCCUACUCCUGCCAUGACCGCAAUCACAACUUUCCCCACUUGUUUCUCCUGCUCUCAGUUGGCUUUCCAUAAAUGUGGGGAACCCCCUCCCAGGGAGGAUUUGGGUGGAUGGGUCCAAACAGGUUUUUGCUGAUAAACUCUAAUCCUUAAGGCCCCAACCCUUAUCCAUAAUUCAGGGGCCCUGCAGUGGAGGAAGGCAGCUCCCCAUCACACUUGUUUGCCCCAUUGGAGGCGACUCUGGGUCAGCCGGCCUGGUCCCGACCAGACCCAGACAUCACUGUCAUUUCCAGCCAGGAGGCAAGUGCCCCCCAAGCAGCCAGGCCCUAUGAGGCUGGGUGCUCCUUUCUUUCCCUGCCCAGCUGACCUCUCCCUUUCAGGUUAAUGUGGCAUAGUAUGGGGGUCCCAGACCUCCAGAAAUAGAACGUUGUGUCCCCAUCUAUCCUAGAGAUGAGUGUUUGGCUGCUUCCUUCCUCUAUCCUGUCAGGUUUCCAAGUGUGUUGUUUGGGCCCCAUACCACAUCUUUUGCUUUUCUACAUGAUUGUGCUGUUGUUGUUAAGCCAAUGAAUCAAUGGACUUGUUUACAAUGUGGCUUUUUCUAUUAAAUCUGUUAUUUUCAAAUAAAA